GAGGUGAAUGCACAAACCACGGUCGUCUAAGAAACAUGAGAUAGAAGGUGUCCAAAGAAGCAAGUCUGCAACAUGAGGUCCGCACCAAGUCCGAUCGGAGCCGUCCGUGCGCCAUGCCCCACCCCUGCAACCCCCUACAGGAUAGAGCGGCGAAUGGGAUCGUCCACAGCCAAGUCUCGCGAGAGGAUGUCUCGCAGCCAGCGAGAGUUGAGCUCGGUGGAGAUCAUGGCUAUCAGCGAGAGGGAAACUUUCGAUGGUUUAGUCGAUAUCAGUGGGAAGCAAAUUCACGUGGAAAGACAACAGAAUAAGCGAAAGGGACAAAACAGCAAAGGAACUUUACUCGUACUGAAGUUACCCGCCGUUACCAUGGUGUCAGACGACAAUUCGAAGCCUCUCAUGAUGGCAAAGAAUGAGGAAAAAGAGCGGUCAUCUUUGCCGUACGUUCGUCACACUGAGAUCAAAGGGACUGUCGCUCCACCAAAAGUUUCUAAACCAAUUCAAACUUUCAUUCUACCCGAUUUGGAAAACAGUAAGGAGAAAAAUGACAUGGCGCAGAUGGGACUCUUCGGCGACGGCAAACUAAAACGAGCAGGAAUUUCUGAUCACACAGAAGCAGAUCGCAGGAAAGCCCAGCCUGUUGGGAAAAUAAGGCUGUGGAAGGAAGUGAAAAAGAAGGAUGAGACGCAACAACAGACAACAGAGAAAAAGCCCGGGAAGCGAUCAAAGCGCGAGCAAAAAUGGGAGUGGUCUCCUAGGGGGAAGGUUUUUCCUGAGAUCCAACGCUCCGUAACGGUUGAAAUGAACGGACGGUUAAGCAGAAUCAAUAUGGAGGAAACCUUGCCUCAAUUGGACGCUAAGACAGGUAACAGGACGGACAAAUCACAACUCAGCCCUGAGAGUUCUUUCGACUCCGGAUCCGUGACGAACAAGUCCAGGAAAAGUUCAACAAAGUCGCAAAGAGAGGACAGAGAGGCAAAGGGUAGUGGCAACAGCGGCGGCAGCAGUCCUAGAGUUGUGCUUCCUGAGAUACCGCCUAAACUCGCCAGGGAGAAAACGCACGAAAUCGAGCGAAAAACGAAGAAACACCGAAGAAAACCGAGUGUAGACGACGCCAGUAGCGCCCAUAGCGUCGUCCUUAGGACCAGCAGUGAUAACGGACUUACUGUCGACGCUAAACACAUCAUGCCCUUGCCCAAGGUCACGGUUCCACAGACAAAGAUGGCGUCGCAGGGAGAACGAAAAUCGUCUGACAAAGCAACGGAAUACGAAGAGCCGGCCUACAUCGCCAAACUAAAAAGGCGCGAGAAAAGGCGAAGGGAACUGUACGACCUGCUCAGAUACUUGCCGCCUCUUUCCAAGGUCAGCCGAACGUACGCGGUCAAUGUCAUCUCACUUGGAAUAGACAAGGACGACAAAACAGAGGCUGAAGGUGAAGGGUCAGAGGUCAGCAGUUCUCCAGGGGACUCACCUAGGUUUCCGCCGUGUACCUGCUCACACCGUACCGUGGCUCAUCCCGGCAUUAAGGUUUCAAAAAGCGUUUCUCCCAGAAGUCCUUACCUAAGCAAGAUGGCGGGCGACAUUGACGAGGACAAAAUGGCGGAUCGCCUGAAAACGCGUCAGACGGUGUCAGAGAGAGCAUCCAAGCGCACAAGAGAAGAGGAAUUGUCGAAACGAACUGCAUUAGGGAUGUUCAGAACCAUCCAACUGUUUGAGAACAGGAAACGGGGCCCAGUUGACAAGCGAUACAAAAACAUUUACCGACUAGACCCCAGGUAUCUGAACAAACGGGCGUCAAGAGAAAAGGGUGGCUAAAA